AUGAAGUCCUCAAGUCUGAACCGAAGCGUCUUUCGCGCUAUCCUAAGUAACAGACCGUACAUCACUCGAGAAUGUCGAAAUCGACUGGGGAGAAGACCACCACACCACUUCCUCACGACCCCAUAUACUGUUCACCAGAGACGCGGACUGUUCGGUCUGAGUCUUGGAGCUGACGCUAAGAGCUUUCGUGCCGCAAGGAGCACGCCAGCAAAUGUCGAGCUUGCUUUGAGCAGAUUAGUUGAUGUGGUGAGGGCGAGAAGAGCGAACACUCGAUUACCUCCUGAUGAACAGAUUGUCGACGCCUUCAGAUUCCUCUUCGCCGCAAGGAUCGACUCACCCCGACCAUUGACGAGAAAUGAGGUGUUCCUUGCCACCGAGGCAUUCAGGCAUCUGCAAGAGCAUGGACAUAUAUUAUCUGGAGACGAGAAGACCAGCUUGACUGAAGAAGACCUUGAGCAGGUCCUGUUGGCAUUGGCAUCGGCGCCUGGCAGAGAUAGGUUCCGGACAGACGCACGCAUACUCGCGACCUAUAUCUUCGAUUCGCUCCAAGAACAUUUUGGGAAAGCUGAAACGCUGCGUGUUCCUUUAGAGCAGGGACAAUACCCGGCUCAAGGGUCGUUGCUGUUCACUUACAUCACCGUCUUGGCCAAAACUGGUUCCUCUCACGAUGCUCUGCAACUACUGCGGCAAUCUCCAGCAAAAUCUGAGAGACACAGCCUUCCGAUGUGGAUCACAAUUUUGAAGGGGCUAGCCAAGGAGGGACGGACGCAAGAGUUCUGGGAGAUCAUGCAAGAGGUACAAAUCACUGUCGGACCUCUUGAUGCCAUGUCACAGGAAACACUUAUAUCCUUUUUUGCUGAGCAUAACGAGAUCCACCCUUUGAAGAAGGUCUUCGACUUGACCCUGGAGGAUGGGCAGGUCCCGACCUCUACAUCCCUUGUCAAAGCCGCUGACUGCGCCAUCGUUAAUGGCGAACUGGAAUGGGCGUCACGGCCAGUUGCAAUGCUACAGGAGAGAACGGACUCUGGAGACAUGGCAGGGACGCUGCUCCUGUGGCAGGCUGUCCGAGAUCCCGAUAUCAAUUAUAUUCGCCACCGGAUCGAGCAAUUGACAGAGUCAGGGGUCACGGACGCCCUCAGUAUGAAAGCAAUCAAUCGCUUGAUCGAAUAUGCCUACUCCCAAAACAAUGCCGAUGGCGCUUCCCAGUUUCUGCAGCUGGCAGAAAGUCUAGGACUGAGACCGGACGCUAAAACGAGAUCUUUGCAGUUGGCCUAUCAGCUCAAACAGGGUGACCGUGCUGGUGCGGCUCAGACAUUCGAACUGCUUUCCAGGGAAGAUUUGCCCGUUGAUCGAUGUGAUGUUCCUGUCCUCAACCACUAUAUUUCAGCUCUGUCAUUCUCCAAUGACCAUGAGUAUACGAGACUCAUGCAAGUGCUCGACCAUAUUCUGGAGAGCGGGGCCGAUCUUGAGGCUGAAGCAAUCGCCGGACUGUGCCAUGUCUUCCUCGAAAAAGACGAAUUGGAAGAGGCCACUGGCUUGCUCAGACAUCGAGUGGACUCAUAUCCUAUGGACGACCGAGCACGCAUUGCGGCAGUUUUCCGUCAAUUCAUUGCGAACCCCGCUGUGAAGGCUCAGCGCGCUUUCAAUGCCUAUGAGCUUUUCCGUCACGCGUUUCCAGAAAGCACCGUUGAGGAACGGCUGCCUCUGAUGCAAUCCUUCUUUGAUCGGGCGCGUCCUGAUCUCGCAUGCCUAGUCUUUGGCCACAUGCGGCAACAGGAAGACCUUCGGGCUCGGCCGACUCCUGCAGCAUACGCGAAAUGUUUCGAAGGCAUCGCGAAAUGUAAAGAUAUCGACGGCCUGCAAAUGGUCUACAACAUGCUGAAGCUUGACCUGGAGGUGGAGCAAACGACGCGCAUCCACAACGCCUUGAUGGCUGCCUAUACCGAGUGUCAACAACCCUUUGUGGCCAUCAUCGACCACUUCUGGAAAAUCAUGGACUCGCGUGAAGGCCCUACGUUGAGCUCUUUCAUGCUCGCUCUGCGAGCUUGUGAGAAGUGGAUUCCUCAAGGCGGCCACCAAGCCAGACAUAUCAUGGCUCUCAUGCAAAGCUUCAAUUUGGUCAUCACCAGGGAGGUGUAUGAAUGCUACAUUGGGGCACUAGCCGGCCAGUCCGAAUUUGAAAAUGUGGUGGAAUUGAUUGAUGAGAUGGAAAAUGAUAUCGGCGAGCGUCCAGACGCUGUUACCAUCGGGACUUUCUACAACGCUAUCCCAUGGCAAUACCGGAAGGACGAAGUCGAGAAGUGGGCAAAGAAAGCGUAUCCAGAGUUAUGGGAAGAGCUGGAAUCGUACGGAGACGAAAUUGACGAAGAGUGGGAGAUUAGGUAUUUCAAGAUUGACAGAAGGAUCGACAUGGAUGACGAGCUGUUGUUCGGGCCAGGCGAGUAUCAUCCUGUUAUUGCGCAGGAAACUCAGAGUAUGUUGGAAACGCCAGCGACAUAG